ACAGCUAGCGGGAGGCCGGGUGCGCCUAAAGGAGGAAGUUGAGGAGGGCCCAGACGAGUUUAGCAUUGUUUGUUCUCGCCACCGAAUAAGGAUAAGAAGGGCGCUGUGACGGAGUCUAUCCCUAUCUCUCUCUCUUCUUCCUCUCUCUCGUCGUCCUCAGGCAAUAGGCCUUGACAGCCCGUCUCUCUCUUGUCUCUAAUACCCACGUAUUGUAUGUCGUCUCUCUUAUUCUGACCUUUUCUUCCUUGUAUUUUCGCAUCGUUGCUUGCAGCGUCAUUGCUGUGUUGAUUUUUCGACGUGUUGAACUUACUCCUAUUCUCUAGCUCACGUUUUUUAGUCAUUCGUAAUGUCUGCCACUGAGACCACCGCCGCUGCCGCUCCCGUUGAGGAGGUCAACAAGCCUACCGAGACCCCCGCCCCUGAGCCCGCAACCGCGCCCGCUGCUGAGGAACCCAAAGUUGAGACUGCUGCCGCUCCUGCCACCGAGGCACCCAAGGAGGAGGCUCAGACUGAGGAGACUCCCGCGCCUGCUGCUGAAACCGCACCCGCCGCUGAGACGACCACCGAGGCUGCCCCAGAGGCGCCCGCUGCUGAGGAGGCUAAGCCUGCUGAGCCCACCGCCGAGUCACCAAAGAGGCCCAAGAGCCCUGGUAUCCUCGCCAAACUUCUCGCUCCUUUCAAGCAUGAAAAGGCCAAGGUCGAGAAGAAGGUGAAGGAAAAGACCGCCGCUAAGAAGACUGAGAAGAAGGAGGGCGAGGCUGAGGAAGCCCCCAAGGAAGAGGAAGCUGCUGCUCCCACUGAGGAGGCUCCCGCUGCUGAAGCCUCCAAGGCCGAGGAGCCUGCUGCCGAGCCUGUGAAGGAGACUGAGACUGCUCCCUCUGCUGAGGCUGCUCCUGCUGAGGCUACUACUGAGCCCGCCGUCGAGCCCACUGCUGAGGCACCCAAGGAAGAGAAGAAGGACGAGAAGAAAGAGGAGGCUAAACCCAAGUCUCCCAAAGUCAGCCGUCGCCUUUCCGCGCGUGUUGGUGAAUUCUUCAAGUCGCGAUCGAAGUCGGAUAUUCCUGUCCCUGCAAAGGUUGAGGAGAAUCCUCCCAAGAUUGAGGAACCCGCCCCUGUUGCUCCCCUGGAAAACCCUGCAGCUGAGGAGUCUGCUACCGAGCAGGCGAAGGAGGAGCACAAGCCUGAAGACCCCAAGGUCGAGGCUCCCCCUGCCGCUCCCGUCGUUGCUGCAACCGCAUAGAUGAACGCUGCCAACCGUUCGGAGCAUUUAUUCACUACUCUAUGAUGACUCUCACGAAUGUCUUCUCUUAAUGUCUUCCUUUUCUCGCGGUCGGAUUCCACGUUACCCCCAUGAUUAUAUGGAUUUCCGCUCCGUUUCGCUACAGGUUACCUCCGUUGUUUCCACACCCCACUUUUGUCCUGUCAGCUAAUGUACGACAUACGGGCCCUCUGGGUUUUUGGUUGUCCUUGUGCGCUAUCCCCACCACGCUCUCUCCCCUACACAAUCUCACCAUCCAUGUCAUCUCGACGACCUAGUGGUCACCCGUUUGUCAUUCUUUCUUAAUUUUCGUUCAUCGAUCCGGUUUGAUUUGAUAGUUGGUAGCAGCUGUUCUUCUAUUGUGGAUGGUGGUUUCUAUCGCAAAUACCCUUCAAUACUCUCUUCGCAAUCGGAUCGUGCUCGUGUGUUCAUUUACAACUUCUGUAAUCAUGUCUGUCGCGUUGGUUUUCUGUUUGAGCGCAAUUGCAUUCGUGAUGAUUCUGU